UAGACGCAUUACGCAAUAGAAAAGCAAAGAGAACGUUCAAGAAAAGCCUCGUUGAAUCUCGUGCGAGAAGGCCUUCCUUCAGAAGCUGCGCCUAGCGCCAUUCAUACAAACAACAAAACCAAGAACCUGCUUCCUCCCCCCCGCAAUUCAUAAUCUUCAGGAAGCUUCGAGGUGUUAUCACAGAUCCAGUUCAUCCCUUUUCAUUUUAUCAUUCAAAUUUGGCGUGCGCUUGUUUGAAUCGGAUAUUUACAUUAUUCUUGGUGAUCGGGAAGAUUGGAAGAAGCUCUUCUUUAUUGGGUUCGUGAUGGAAAAUGGAGGAGCUGUUUCGUCAGAGACCCAACAGGGGGCUUCUUACACCUAUUGGGUUAGGGAAGCGCGGAAAGAUGCAGCUCCACUUCCUGUCCCUCGUAAGCUCUCUGCUGAUGAUAUUCUCGCUUCUCAGGCGUCUCAGCCUCCUACCCUUGGCUCCGUUUGGAAUCGGGCUGGAACUUGGGAAGAGAAGAACUUGAAUAAAUGGGCAAGUGAUAGAAUGAAGGAGUUGCUAAUGUCAGUGGCCUCCUUGGAGUUCUCCAAUGGUAAAGCAGAAAUAGCGGAUGUAUCAAAAUGUGUUGGGGAUGCCUUUUUAGUGACUGUCCGUAAUAAGAAACGCGUUGGUUAUACAUAUGAAUUCACAUUGAAAAUUAAAGGUGAGUGGACUAUACGACAGGAGAAAAAGAUGGUGAAGGGGCAUAUAGAUGUCCCAGAAUUCUCAUUCGGUGAGCUAGAUGACUUGCAGAUGGACGUGAGACUGAGCGAAGAGAAAGACCUUCUAGGUGAGGAUAAGUUGCAGAUUUGCCAAGAUUUGAAGCGAUUUUUGCAGCCUGUUCGUGAAAAGUUGCUUCAAUUCGAACAGGAACUCAAAGAAAGAUAAUAAGAAAGGUUGAUUCUCAACAUUAAUAUGUACCAAUUAUUAUUGUACUUCAACACGUUGAUUGGCAGGAAUGUUUUAUUGGAUACCCUUUCAAGGAUCAUAAUUUAUGAACAAAGACCGCAGAUUUUAGGGGCCUUUGAGAUUAUAAAAUUGUAAUGCAACUUUAAUAACUUAAUUUGUUUGGGAACUUCUUAGA